ACAAUAAUCAACAUUUAGUCCAUGGACAGUUUCCCCAGCAAAAGUUGUGUAAAUUGCUGUUUGCCCACGUCAAAAUAGCGGAAGAAAUAUCAAAUAUACGUCAUUCACUUAAAAGAACUUUCACACAAGAGGGACUAUUUUUAAAAGAAGUCUAAGCGAUAACAGCUAAUGACUUUGUUCUUUUUUUCACCGGGCAUUAAAAAUGUUAAUUGUUCACCGUGGAGAUUAGUGAUUCGCAGUAGGCGUAAAGGAAAACAACUCGAACUCGCUGCUUUCAUCAACUGCGUUCUACUGUAGUCGCUCCCGUUCAUUAUUUACAACGUUUAUCUCCAGAAAUCGUAGCAACUGACAGACAAUAUUAUUUGUAAAGGUGGAAAAAACGCGAACACACGCUGAGCACACAUUAGGAGACAAAAUUCUUGCUGGUUACAACAUAGCGUGUAAAUUAUACGUUUGACAUCUGCCUUCGCAAAGCCGGUAGGACUCUGAGCAAGGUAAAGUUAAAAUUGUCGUAAUUUUACUUAUUACUAUAGUAAAAUUGAUAAUAAUAAACAAAGAGAGUUUAGAUUAGAUUAUUUAAGUUCAAAAUAUUUUGAUUAUAACUUUAGUACUGUGGAAUCUAGAAAAGGAAUAUGUAAUUAUAUUAAAAUUGACAACAAAAUUAUUUGCCCCAUGCACUUUCGAGUCGAAAUUCCAUAAUUUAAUAGUGGCAAAUGCAAAUAUGCAAUUAGAUCAGAAUAUUUUUAAGAGUAAAAGUGUACGUUUCCCAAAGAAAGUUACUAAGGCUAGCUCAUGAUUAAGGGGAAAUUAACUGACAAAGCUUGCUGUUUUGCGACCGAAGUCGAUUUGUUCAGGAUCACUGGUUUUAUUAUGAGGCAACUCGGCAGGUAUUCAUCGCAGACAUAUAUGCUAUAUACGAUUAUAAUAGAUAUAUAAAUUGAACGUAAUAAAAUUAUUCUUUGUUGUCUUUCUUAGAGAUGUUUGUCAACUAUUUUGUUUUUAACAGUUUGUCUGUAUAAAUAAUUAUGCGCUGCAGCGACAAUUUACGAUAUGCAUGCACGAUUGAUGCCCAUGAGAUGACGCCAUCAUUGUCCGACACUUGACAAUUUCAAGAUGACUAAUGUCUUUUAAACUCGUUUUCAGGCCUAAUGUGGGUCAGGUCGCCCACCCUAUCAUUCUACUCUCAUCUUAUUCUGGUAAAUGUUAUCUAGAUAUUUUCAACCAUGGACACUACGAUUCUUCUUCUUUUGAUCUGCGUGGUGCUAAUUGCCAUCACCCUAAUCCUGGUGAUCGGGUUUUGCUGCAUGUUACGCGUGUACUUACAGCGGCAACCUACAGUCGACGUCGAGAGGCCCGACAAAUACAAAUACAGACCUAGCUACAGUCUGGGAACUGUAUAUACAGACGGCGCUCAUGAAAAUCUGGGAUUUCCUCAGGAGACGAAAGACACCGAAGUGGAAGCAAAGAAAACAGAUGGGAAUAAAAAUGAAGCCAUUAAAACGUGAUGAAGGGAAUUUAGUGGAAACAGUAGCAGGAAAUAUCGGCGGAGAGUUUUGGACAUAGCUCUGGCGAAACAUUCCAAAUUGAUGGAUCGUAACAUAAUCCCGUGUAACAUAGUCAACUAACGUAAUCUCUCCUUCACAGAGGCGUUGAGAGGAUUAACAUUCCAAUUACUCUAUGGACUUUUCAUUCCAAUUUAACAUAAUCAGCUAACGGACGUUUGUCACCCGAAUCAAUCACAUACACAAUUCAAAUACGUGUUUAUCCUUUGCUCCAUUCUACGCGUGCUUUAAAUAGUACAUGGUCAUCGACUAGGCAUGAUACGAAUAAUCUGAGAAUGUGAACUAAGUGCCAAUGGAAAUGUGAUUUGGAAGUUUUGUAUAGGACAACUUCGUUUGCAUAGACUUUACUAUGACUAGAAAUUUUUUUUCAUGGACUGGAAAAUGUAUAAUUUAACCUAUUUCAGUGUGUAUAAUAAUG